AUGUCAAAGAGGCCAAAAGUGAUCCAAGGUGAGCAGCUGAUGGUUGGCCGUCGCUUCAUGGAUCAGCUGCGUGCUCCGGCCAAGCGUGCGAGUGGAAGCCGCGGGCUCUCUGUCAUGGCUGGGCCGCGUGGGAGCGACGAGGAGGAAGAGGCCAUGUGCUAUAGGUGUUUGCAGACAGAUGCACUUCCAUGCCCGCAUGAAUCCAAGGCUCUCCAAGCUGGUCAUCCCGUAGACGAGGGAAGCUUAACUAUCUAUGCCGAUGAGGAUGAAGAGCUGGAUCUUGAGGAAGAGUUUGAAGACUUUGAAGAUGAUGACGAGGAGCCUGAGGAAGAUGAGGAGGAUGAGGAGGAGGAGGACGAUGCGGAAGAGGGCGAUCCUCUGAUCCUGGACGAAGACGACGCUGCGAGUCGCCUUCCCUGGAAGAAGGCGAGAAACGAGAUGCUGAUGGCGGUGAACUCUCUGCCCGUGACGGGCAGGAGAUACCAUCAUCGCAUCCUUGUGGUCAAGGUCAAGACUUCCCAGAAGGAUUCGCCGGGCAGCGUUCACAUGGACCAGUUGCCUGGUCUGAUGACACAGCUGUGUGGCCGACCGCCGCAGUUCGUGUCCAAGGAGGGUAAAAAGUCGGAAUUUGCAGCUGUGUGCUUCCCAGCAGAAACCAUCAAGGAGCUGAGCCUGCCGCUGGGCCCAGCCCCAGCCCAGCCAUCUGUCCUGGCCGGAGCCAGCACAUCUGUGAGCCUUGGCCAUGCGUUCAGUCUAGGUGCUCGCCUGGUAGAUUUCGACGGGGAGGUUGUGGCUCGGCCAAGCUCGCCGUACCAGAUCACCUUCUUCCUACCAGAGCGCAACACCCGGAAUGAUGAGGAGAAGCAGAAACAGGUGAGGGCGUUGCUAGAAGCUCGCAAUCCUGUUGGCCUCGACCUUGCAGUUGAACCUGUAUGUUGCUGUAUGUUUUGUUGUUCUGCUCCGCAGUUGCAGACUCAGGUUUCCCCUGCCACAUGA